AAUACACAAUAGUAAAUAUGCUAUUUUUUUUUAGUUGUACAGAAUUAAUAAAUUAAUGCAGGAAAGGACUAUAGCAAGACUGUUUUUAGUGCAAAGAUUAUACCGUCAAAUAUUAAAGUUACAUCGUUAUCUUCCAAAUGACUUAAAAAAGUUAGGAGACCAAUACGUCAAGGAAGAAUUUCGGCGACAUAAAGGUGCAAAUCAGCUUCAAGCGUAUGAAUUCAUGACUGAAUGGAAAUUCUAUUGUGAUACAUUGCAAAAACAGAUUACCUUACCACCUUCUAGUUUGGGUGUACCACUUGAUCCAGAAAAAGUAAACUCUCUAUCACAAGAACAACUUGGACAACUGUUUCACUUGCAGCAAGAAGCUACCAAAAAGAUUUAAUUUUAAUUGCAGUAUGUGCAAUGCAUUUUUUAAGAAUUUUUUUUUUUGGAUAAAGUAUUUACAUGCAGCAGUAUGUAUAUAAAUAAUUAAAGUUUUGCAUAAUAAAUAAAAUGUUUUUAAA